AUGUCCCUUUUACGCACCACUCCGUCGCGACUUUCGAGGUCAUUUCAGCGACAUGCUCUGCGACGCAUGAAUUACAUUGAGGCUCGUCUUUACUCCUCUAAACCCGAAGAGACCGAUAUCGACUCGAUCCUUGCGAAACCGUCCUGGUCUGUCCGCUCGUUACUCCCCGACGAAACCGCCAAACCGGCUUCCCCGUCCGUUACCCCAGCACAACUGCGGCAUCUGCUUCGACUCUCUGCUCUGCCCCAGCCAGCGAGCCAGGAAGAAGAAGCGAAGAUGCUUGAAACUCUCGAAUCUCAAAUCCAUUUCGUCAAGGAGAUCCAGAGCGUUGACGCGUCGGGCGUUGAACCUCUCCAGAGUAUCCGAGACGAAAGCCCCGAGGCGAUCCAAGAGACGACCAUUGGACUGGGUCAGCUCCGAGACGCCUUCUCCCAGGAACGAGUCGUCGGCAGGAACAAGAGAAUCCAACGGAUCGAGUCGGAGAGGAAUGAGCGCCCGGAUGGGGAUGCUUGGGAUGGCGAUGCACUGCGCUAUGCAGCGAGAACCAAGGGGAAAUUCUUCGUUGUUGAGACCGGCAAUGGCAACUGA